AUGGCUGUAGCUGCCUCUGAGGUAAUAGAUGAUGACGCUGUCCUAGCAGAGAUUAAUGAAGACUUCCUGUGUUGUGCUAUAUGUCUAGAGCGGUAUUCAGCCCCAAAGAUACUACCAUGUCAACAUACAUUUUGUAAGAAGUGUCUAGUACAACUAGCUAAGAAAGUAGCACCCAAUACCUUCAUGUGUCCAACCUGUAACAGGUCAGUAAAGAUACCCAUAAAUGAUCUGCAGUCUAACUUCUUCAUGAGCUCACUUCUAGACAAGAUACCCGAGAAACUGGAUGCUGCUACCCCUAGAGUGUGUGAAUUUUGUGAAGAAAAUGAAGUCACCUCUAUCUGUGUUGAAUGCCAACAGUACUCCUGUACAUCUUGUACUAGAGUACAUAAAAAAACUAAGGCAACCAAAUCUCAUCAGGUUCUAUCACUUGAUGAGAAUCAAGAGACAAAGAACAAGAAGCCAUUUGCUGUACAGCCGAUACAAUACUGCAAUGUCCACACAGAUAACCAGUUGAAGUACUACUGUGAUACCUGUCAGACACCUAUAUGUAUGGAGUGUACAAUCAUAGAUCAUAAAGUACACCAACACAGAUAUAUUAAAGAGGUGGCAGAUGAGUAUUCUGAAGAAUUAAAGGGGAAGGUCAAGAAGUUAAAAGUGAAAGCAGAUGAAGCUGAGACAAGUAAAAUGUCAGCCAAGGCAGCCUGUGAGGAACUGAAAACCUGCUGUAAAGAAGAAGCAAAGAUAAACAAGAAAAUGAAUGAAAUCUUGGCAGAUCUGAGAAGACAAAUAGAAGCAGUCAAGCAGAAGAAGGAGAGAUUGGUGGAUCAGUUAAAGAUAGAAUACACAGCUAGAGUGAAGAAUAUGGAAAUCAAAGUUGAUGAACUGGAGAUGAAACAUGGAAACAUAGUCAGCACUAGUAGCUACCUAGAGACACUGGUGCAACAUGGGAAUCCUGGACAGAUCUUAAGUGCCAAACAAGUUUACCAACAACGAAUUGAUGGGUUGAUUACCAUGGAAACUAAAUCACAAGUUUAA